UGUUACUUUCUUCAACGGAUUUUGACUUCAGCUCCGGCUGCAAGCAGUGGGCAUGUGGAUGUGGAUGGAAGGACUAUCGGUAGAUAUCUCUUCUCAUUACAGAUUUAUGGCGAUGGCAAGCAGACAAGAUCAUUUCAAUAUGUUGAUGACUUGGUUGAAGGUCUGGUUCGAUUGAUGGCUUCAAACUAUAGUCUGCCAAUCAACCUAGGAAACCCGGACGAGUUUAUGGUUCAAGAGCUAGCUGACCAAAUUAUAAAGCUAACAGGUACCACUAGGAGCCCUGUUCAAUUGGGCAACAUGAAUGCUCCAUUCUUUACACACCCAGCUUAUACAGCAUUGUAA